AAGAUUCCUCGUCGCAAUGCGACCCGUACUAUUGCUUUUGACACUCUUUAGAGUUAUCACAGGAGACCAGCAAUCUGUAACAGUCGAUUUGAUAAGCGAUUUUCUGCUCAAAUUAAACGCUCCUACUAAAAUAAACGCUCACAUUUGCUGGCCCAAAGAAGAGCAGAUUGCUUUGUUAAAGCGGCUUUCUUCAAGCAAUUUUGGCUGCAGAAUCGGGAAUUUCAACAAUAUAAGCUAUUCAACUCCCGCCGAACACCAAUUGUUCCUAUUGGAUUUAAGCUGCAAAGGCUCAGAGAAGAUACUUAACAAAGCCAGCGAAUUGAAUCUGUUCAAUCAACCGUUCAGAUGGCUGAUGUGGGGCGUAAUGGAUCGCUCGAUUCUCGACAAUUUCUACAUUAGGUUGGACAGCCGGGUUUUUAUUGUGGAAAAAACGGAAACGGACGCGUACCGCAUCGAAUCUCCGUACAAGGUAACAGAAAAUUCGCUGGAAUAUUCGAUGAACCACGUAGCAGAAUGGAAUCGAAUCGGCGGCUUUUCUGUGUACAGGGAAUUGUCUUAUUCGAGAAACAGGUCGAAUCUGAUGGGUUUGAACAUUAACAUAUCCUACGUCGUUACCAAUAAAGAUACUAUGAAUCAUUUGGAAGAUUACAGGAACAAACAUAUUGAUCCGAUAUCGAAGUUGAAUUGGUUUAUAAUGAAGCAUCUUAUCUCUGUGUUAAAUGCCACGUCUACCCCUUUGUUUCAACCUAGUUGGGGAUACAGGGAUGUGAAUGAUUCGACUAAAUUUACAGGAAUGAUUGGGGAUUUGCAGUCGGGAAAAGCAGAAUUUGGAGGAACAGCAUUGUUCUUCACCAUCGACAGAAUAGACGUGAUUGAAUACAUUGCUCCCAGCGUUCCGACCUUCAUGAAAUUCAUCUUCAGAGCACCGCCGCUUUCUUACGUAUCCAACGUGUUCACUCUGCCUUUCGACACCUACGUGUGGUACAGUUGCUUUGGUCUGGUACCGCUAAUAUUCGUGGUGGUUUAUGUUAUUGUGGUUUGGGAAUGGAAGGAUCCAGUGUUUAAGGAGAAAGUCGGCGAAAUGCACGCAAACUGCAUCAGCCCUUUGAGGCCCAGUUUCAUCGACGUCUUAGUCAUGGAACUUGGCGCUAUUACCCAACAAGGAACCGAUACCGAACCUAAGAGUAAUGCGGGUAGGAUUGCUACUGUUUUUGCGUUUAUAGCUUGCAUGUUUUUAUACACUUCUUACUCAGCCAAUAUAGUUGCUAUUUUACAAUCGACCACAGAAAGUAUAAAAACUUUGGAUGAUUUGUUGAAUUCCAGGAUUUCUCUGGGAGUAGAAGAUAUCGUUUAUGCUCACUAUUACUUCAAGACGGCUGAAGAACCCGUAAGAAAGGCGAUUUAUCAGCAGAAAAUUGCACCGAAAGGCCAGAAACCGAAUUUCAUGACCAUCGAAGAUGGGAUGAGUAGAGUUCAAAAAGGCUUCUUCGCUUUCCAUGUCGAAGUCUCCAACGGGUACAAAGUGGUAGCAGAUACGUUUCAGGAAAACGAAAAGUGUAGUUUGAAGGAAAUAGCUUUCAUCAAUCUCGUGGAGCCUUGGGUGUCUAUUAAAAGAGCGUCUCCCUAUAAAGAAAUAGUCAAAGUAGGAUUGAGGAAGAUUUUAGAAUCUGGCAUUCAACGAAGGGAAAUCAAUCAACUGUACACGAAGAAACCGGUCUGUCACAGCAAAGGCAGCAACUUCGAUAGCGCUUCGAUACUGGAUUGUUACGCCGCUUUUCUCAUCUUCGGCGCCGGAUUAGCCGUCAGUUUCUUAUGUCUAACAUUCGAGAUACUGUUACAUAGAAAAUUCAAACGCCUAAUGUCAUCGAAUGUUGUUCUUAAUUACGAACUACCAAAUGACGAUGAGCUCGCUAAAAGUAGCGUUUAUUGAACAUUGUAGUAUUGUAAUUAGUGUAGUAUUUGAGUAAUUUUAUCACAUAUAAAGUAGAUGUUGAAACGCUUGUGAUUGAUUGUUUAUUUGUAAACAAUGCAAACAUAACCUUAUUUCAAUUUUGG